GAUUCCUCGAAGAAGCAUCGUCUCCGGGAAGCAUCCAUCCUCUCCGUGGGCAACCUGAUCCAACGUCAUGGAAGCCAAGAAGGGUUCAUUUUUCAUCCUCUUCUCUUUGCUCCUCGGCUUCCGGGGUUCGGCGGCCCAUCCGCUCCACAGCCUCAGCCCCGCUAAGGAACUAGCCAGCAUGGAGGCCCUUCUGCAAAGGCUGGAGGAGAAAAUCUCCCUGAUGGAAGAGCUGCAAGACAACCCCGGCUCUGAAGGCCCCAAAGCCCAAAGAGGGGAUGAGAGUGAGUUCAGCGAUGAAGAUGGUGAGGAUGACUUCAACAACCAGCAUCCCCAGCUUGAGCCCAGGUUCAGCUCCAUGCCUUCGGUCACCUCUUUGGGUCGGACCUCACUGUUGAAGCGGAUGGGAGGCCUCCAGGUUGCCAGGAGAAUGAGGGAAUCUGGCUGCUUUGGAGGAAGGCUGGACCGGAUCGGGUCCGUGAGCGGCAUGGGAUGCAAAGGAUCGAGAAGGAAUUAGGAUUGAAUUAGGACUAAACCAUCCUCCCAAUCUCCCUCUUCAUCCCAUCUGGACCUUUCCUUCCGAAGGAUCUCAACAUUCGCUGCCGAUUUCCGAAGACGCUCCAAAACCCGCCUUUCUCAAAAUAUCUCCAGAAACGACCGGAAAACUUCUGCCUAUUUAUUUAUUUAUUAACUUAUUUAUUAAUGACUUGACCUUUUGGUUUAUUGUUUAU